CUCCUCCCCUCCUCCCCAGGGAAACUGGCCGAGUGUGGGGGGUGUGCCACCUUCCCCAGGUAGGACCUCCUUCUCCUCCUCCUCCCCCUCCUCCCUCCGCUCCUCAUCCUCUGGGAACCCAGUUCUCCUCCCCAGCUUGGGAGGCUCCGCCAAACACAGGAAGAGCCACUGAAGAUGAGGCUCUCCAUCUGCCUUUGAAGAGGGGAGACCCUCCAACCCCAAACUCCAGUGCCAGGUGGUCCCCUCCCUCCGCGGGGGGAAACUUGGAGACAGGAAUGAAGCUUUGACAGUGUGGAUGCCUUCAUCCCUGUUAUCGAAGCGGGAAACUGAGGCGUCAGGACUUCAGGGAGCCAGGGAUGGUCAGGGACAUCCAGUGAGUCAGUGUCAAGGUUCGGAACAGAACCGGGGGACCUCAUUCUCUGAGAACCUCGAAGUACCAUGGCUUCUGACCUAGAAAGUAGCCUCACCUCCAUAGACUGGCUCCCCCAGCUGACCCUCCGAGCGACCAUUGAGAAGCUUGGGAGUGCCUCCCAGGCUGGGCCUCCAGGCGGCAGCCGCAAAUGUCCGCCAGGCUCACCCACGGAUCCUAAUGCCACCCUGAGCAAAGACGAGGCAGCGGUCCACCAGGACGGCAAACCCCGCUACAGCUAUGCCACCCUCAUCACCUAUGCCAUCAACUCCUCCCCAGCCAAGAAGAUGACCCUCAGUGAGAUUUACCGCUGGAUCUGCGAUAACUUCCCCUAUUACAAGAAUGCUGGCAUUGGUUGGAAGAAUUCAAUCCGGCACAACCUUUCUCUCAACAAGUGUUUCCGGAAGGUGCCCAGACCUCGGGAUGACCCUGGGAAGGGCUCUUACUGGACAAUCGACACCUGCCCUGACAUCUCCCGAAAGAGAAGACACCCCCCAGAUGAUGAUCUGUCCCAGGACUCACCAGAACAGGAGGCAAGCAAGAGCCCAAGGGGAGGCGUUCCAGGGAGUGGAGAAGCCUCGCUGCCUCCCGAGGGGAAUCCUCAGAUGUCACUGCAGAGCCCCACAUCGAUAGCCAGCUACAGCCAGGGCCCAGCACCUGUGGAUGGCGGAGCAGGGGCAGCUGGGGCUCCAGGCCGAGAGGGCGCUGAGGCCCCCCCGCCCCUGUAUAACACCAACCACGACUUCAAAUUCUCCUACUCAGAGAUCAAUUUUCAGGACCUAAGCUGGUCCUUCCGCAACCUCUACAAAUCCAUGCUGGAGAAGUCCUCUUCCUCCUCUCAGCACGGCUUCUCCUCUCUCCUGGGGGACAUGCCGCCCUCGAACAACUACUACAUGUACCAGCAGCAGCAGCCGCCGCCCCCGCAGCCGUCGCCCCAGCAGCCGUCGCCCCAGCAGGCGCCCGCCCAGGGCCCCUCCCCUGUAGGGGGUGCUCCUCCUCUGCACACCCCCAGCCCCGAUGGUUGUACCCCGCCAGGGGGAAAGCAAGCGGGGGCCGAGGGCUACGGGCCGCCCCCUGUGAUGGCCAUGCACCCGCCCCCCCUGCAGCACGGAGGCUACCACCCUCACCAGCACCACCCCCACCCGCACCCCGCCCAGCCGCCGCCACAGCCACAGGCACAAAGUCAGGCCCCCAUCAACAGUUCUGGCUUCGCCUUCCCUCCUGACUGGUGCUCCAACAUCGACUCCUUAAAGGAAAGCUUCAAGAUGGUGAACCGGCUCAACUGGUCCAGCAUUGAGCAGUCACAGUUCUCAGAGCUGAUGGAGAGUCUGCGACAGGCAGAGCAGAAGAACUGGAGCCUCGACCAGCAUCACAUCGCCAAUCUGUGCGACUCCCUCAACCACUUCCUCACCCAGACUGGUCACGUGCCCCCCCAGGGGGGUUCCCACCGGCCACCUGCCCCUGCCCGCAUUGCUGACUCCUGUGCCCUCACCAGUGGCAAACAGGAGCCAGCCAUGAACCAAGUGAACUCUUAUGUGCACCCUCAAGCACCCCACCUCUACCCUGGCCCAUCGCCAAUGUACCCACUCCCCACCCAGGACUCAGCAGGAUACAAUCGCCCAGCACACCACAUGGUCCCUCGGCCACCGGUUCCACCUCCUGGGGCCAACGAGGAGAUCCCCGAUGACUUCGACUGGGACUUGAUUACUUAGUGUGUCACUGAAUGUGGCCAUUAGCCCAGGGCUGGGUGGUGAAGUCUGGCAGUGGGGAGACAGCAGCCCCGGCCCCUCCCUUCCACCCUUGCCUGUAUAUAGAUAUGUAUCCUCUUUUUUUUUUUUGCUUUCUCUGCCAGAGAAGCCACUGCAAGAUGCUGCCGAAGAUAACCCCUCUUUCUUGCCUCAUUCUUCCUCUUCCUUCUUGUUUUUUCCUAAUUCUUUUAUUAUUAUUCUUAUUAUAUUAUUAUUAUUAUUAUUAUUGGUUAUAUGCUGUCUCCAGUCUCCUGUCCCUACACCAUGGACCCUGUCCACCUCUUGCUAGUUUAAAAUCAUCUGGCUGGAAGGUGAGGCCAUGAUCACCAUGGAGAAAGGCCUCAAAUUUUGAUUUACCUUUCCCUUUGAGAAAGUCAACGCUAAUCCUACCUUUUGGCCCCAAAUCGUUUUUUGUGAACAUCAGUUCAGUGCAGGACUGGAAGGGCCACAUUAUCAAGUAGAAGGGAUCUGGAACACUGCUUGGCAGCCAUGAAUUUGCAGGUUUUACUCAAUGGUGCUAAUUUUGCCCUCUGAGCUCUUCCUUGUCCCUUUGUGUCUCCAGUCCUACUUCUGCUGACCUCAUUCUCCAUUGAGGGGAAGAGUGACGGUGGUGGUACAGGAGGGUGACAAUAAAAUCCUGGUGGAAUGAGAGGUCUGGGUUGGGUUGAGUAGAAUAUGACAGAGAAGAGAUGGAGAAUAAGAGUCGGGAAUUGGGUAGAUGCUACUGUGUCAGGGAUACUGCCCUUGGCUCAUUCAUGGCCCAUUCUCUGUAGAAGAUGGAGUUGAUCUUAGCCAGAAUCCUGCUUCUCUGGUAGGAAUGAGCACAACUCUUCAGCAUAGGUUCAGCUUUUUAGAGAUGGUUUCAAUUUAACCAUUUUGGCUUUUUAAACAUCAUUUUCUUUGGACAUUAACUGUGGCUUUUCUUUGCAUUUCCACAUAAUCCUUCCAUCCCUUUGUCUCAUUCAGCAGAUUUUAUUCCGUUUUCCUGUAGUGGUUAGCUCAACCCUCCUACCCAUCUGAUUUUCUUCCCCCGUUUUCUGGGAUUCUCCAGAAAGGAAAGUAACCCUUUAUUACUUUUAGUUUUGUCAUGUCCUAGGACAAGACAGGCAUCUCUUCCCCACCGAUCACAGCAGAACCAAACCUGGAGUAUUGGUGGCAGACGAGGGGAGCUGCCAUGGACAUGGGUAGGGAAAAUUUCAGUUAUUUGACUAUGUGGGCAAGUGCUUCUCUUGGAAUCCAGAUCACUGGGGCUGAAGCUUUUGAGAUUAGGCUUUUUAGGGGGUGAAGGAAAUUGGUAGGGGAGGAUAAAUAAUCUAAAGGGAAGAGUUCCAUGAGGGCCAAGGGAGACCCCCCCCUUCCCUCCCAGAAAAAGGUUUUAGGGAUAACUCACCUCCUUUAACCAGGAGUGGCCAUGAUUUACUGCUGCAAAGUACUAAGUGUAUAUUUGAUAUCCAUUGUUGAAUUUUAGUUGUAAGAGGGAGGAACAGUUUUACUUCUGCUUUUAUUUUACUGAAUGUUCACUUUCUCAAAGCUACAGGACAAAAUGUACGGAACAGACAAGGCCACUCUCUGAUUUCUGCUUUUCAUUCUUAUUCUUUAUUUACCCAUGCUUUCCGCUCUCCUGGUUUUUCCCCUCAUCCGCCCUUUCUUUUCUUUGUCAGGGGUUAUAUAUGAGAGUUUGUUGAAGAAGUCCAGUGAGGCUGAAGUAAGGGGGCAGGAAAGGGCAGUUAACCAAACAGCACUUUAUUUCUUUGAAGUUCUUGGUAAGAAACGGGAGUGUGAGUGGCAUGAAUCCCCCACUGUGUCGGAGGGCACGAGCGGGGUUCAAGGCUGACGUCACAUUCCCCAUUGGGGAAGGAGAAUUUCUCUUCGAGGCUGGCGGCAUGCCUUUGCCCAGUGUCCCUAGCUGAGGCGUGUCUUCCUUCCUCCUUCCAAUCAAGGUGCCUCCCAUGCACAGCGUCCCCUCUGUUCUCCCAAAGAGCCCCCCUUCACAGACCAUCAGUCCUCUUUCUCAACCCCCUGUCUACUCAGAUCCACACAGGAUUUGCAAGGGUAGAUAAAUCAGACCUGUUCGUGUCCCUGGUUCAUAAUUCAUCUAUGUCUUCUGAAAACUAGUUUCAUUAAGAAGUUUGGGGCUAGGGCUGGACGUUGGCCUUCGGGCCUCCUGGGAUUUUAGCUUCCCUCCACUAAACCCAGCCUUGCUAAAAGGCACAGGACAAACCUGACCUUCUUUGGGCCUCCAUUUCCCUACCCCUCCAUGCAAUGGAAAGAAUACUACUUUUUCUUGUUGGUCUGGCAUUGCUGGACUUGAAGGUAGAGUUGUUGUUGUAUUGGGUGAUGUGUGCAAAACCACACGAGCUCACUGCCUACCCACGAGGAAACAAGGGAGAGAGUGGAGGAGAAGGACAGAAGGAGUAAUUAUUUGGUGCAGAUCCACCCUUCCCUGCCUUUCUCUCUUCAACCCCCAUGUUUCUGGUUCGGUGAGUCCUUCACACCACCCAUAAUGCUUUGCAUCGGUGCAGGCUGGGAAGGGGGUGUAUGGUCUCACAAGUUGUUGUUGUUUUUUGCAUGCUUUCUUAAUAAAAAAAAAAAAAAAGAAUGUUUAUGGUUUUA